AUGAGCCAUCACCUAGGCACAAUUCAUUCCGUCAGGUUCUCCCCUAAUGGUCGAUACCUUGCUUCCGGUGCCGACGACAAGAUAAUAUGCGUCUACUACCUGGACAAAGGUCCCCCGACGACAACUUUUGGGUCGAAUGAGCCGCCUCCGGUCGAAAACUGGAAAACGCAUAAGCGACUAAUCGGACACGAAAAUGACGUGCAAGAUCUUGCCUGGUCCUACGACUCUUCGAUCCUCGUUUCGGUUGGACUCGAUUCCAAAAUCGUUGUCUGGUCUGGCCACACCUUCGAGAAGCUGAAGACGAUCCUCUCGCACCAGAGCCAUGUUAAAGGCAUCACAUUCGAUCCGGCAAAUAAGUACUUCGCGACGACGAGUGACGACCGAACCCUAAAGAUCUUCCGGUUUACCCCUCCUGCGCCGAAUGCGACUCAGCACGACAUGGUGAACAAUUUCGUGCUAGAAACAACCAUAAACGUCCCGUUUAAAAGCUCGCCCCUAACAACAUACUUCCGAAGAUGCUCAUGGUCCCCCGAUGGAAAUCACGUCGCCGCCUCCAACGCGGUUAACGGCCCGGUCAGCUCUGUCGCCAUCAUCGAACGCACAAGAUGGGAUAGCGAGAUCAACCUCAUCGGCCACGAGGCGCCAACAGAAGUCUGCCUCUUCUCGCCGCGCCUUUUCCACACUCAAAACCCGGCGGACUCUGAUGGACAAGGAGGCGCUCUUGUCACGGUUAUCGCAUCUGCCGGCCAGGAUAAGACUCUCUGUAUCUGGAACACCAACACCUCGCGGCCUGUAGUCAUUUUCCAGGAUAUCACGGCAAAGUCCGUGGCCGACCUCGCCUGGGCUCCCGAUGGCCAAACUAUCUUUGCGGUGAGUCUCGAUGGUAGCAUCAUUGCCGCGAAGUUUGCGCCGGGCGAGCUUGGCUGGCCAGCCACCGUGGAAGAAAAUGACAAGGCUCUGCAAAAGUAUGGUGGCUCGCGUAAAGGCAUGGGUAUCGCGGAGGACGUCGACGGCCUGAAAUUAGAAGGGCACAGCAAGGCGGGAGAAUCGCGGGCUGCUGAAUCCCGUAUGGGUGCCCUGAUGGGCGAUCUCCAACCAGCCGCGAAUGACCAGUCGGCCAAAACUAAUGGGACGAAAUCAACCUCAAGUAAAGCGACUCCCGUAACGAAUGGCCAAUCAGAAACGGACAAAGAAAAGGAAAAGGAGAAGGAGAAGGAGAAGGAGAAGACGGAAAAGGAGACAGAGAAGGACAAAGAGAAAGCAGCCGAGGAGACGGCAGCAGAUAAGACGGCGGAACGAGUCAAAGAACUCAAGUCGAGGGUGACGAUUGGAAAGGACGGCAAAAAGAGAGUUGCGCCCUUGUUGGUCUCUUCCUCCGGAACGGGGAACAAGCGCAAGGGCUCCCCAGUUGAGUCAGACGACGCUGAUGAGCAGGUCGUCAAGAAGCCCGCGGCCGGCCCAGUGCCAAUUCUUGCGGAUGGCGCUGAUGGGGUUGAGCCGGCAGCUCUGACGGCGGCCAACUCAGGGCUCAUCCCAACGCCAGAGUAUCUCCGGCCCGCGGUUCUCAAUCCAUCAAUCGCCUUCUCAAAACUGAGACUUGGUGUCCCAAAUGUUCGCACCCACAUCUUACGACCGCUCGAAAAGGGAGUUCUUCUCUCGGAAAGCACCUUGGAAGAAGCGUCCAAAAUUCCCGAGAAUAUCAUCUUUGAAGCGCGCAACCCAGCCCUCGUCAAAGAUCCGGCAAGGAUCUCGGCUUCGAAGCGGGGAUCUUUAAUUUGGCAAGACUUUCUCCCGCGAGCCGUACUUCUCAUCACUGGAAAUCGAAACUUUUGGGCUGCGGCCUGCGAGGACGGGAGCUUGUUCAUCUGGACGCCGGCAGGCAGAAGGCUUUUGGUGCUAUCAUCGUUGAAUCGCAACCGGUUAUCCUCGAAUGCCGCGACCACUGGCUCUUAUGUGUCACCGCUAUCGGACUUUGCCAUGUAUGGGAUAUUCGAACCCAAUCGACCGGGCAUCACGGCAGCAACCCUGAACUCGACUGGCCAUGUCGUUGUAACACUAACAAACGGCGACGGAUAUUUUUACGCGAGAGACAUGUACACUUGGCAGCGCUUGAGCGAGGCUUGGUGGGCUGUUGGAUCUCAAUACUGGAACAGCACCGACUCAUCCAUUAGCGCUCUUCAAUCUACCGCAGUAGGCCCCAUUACGCCAAAGCCCAAAGAUGGCAGCACGGCCAAUGCAUCGGCCGGGAUCCUCCCGUUCCUCGAGAGACAUACCACGAACGAAUUCUUACUUCGCGGCCGUGCAUACAACUUGCAACGCAUCGUCAAGAUGGUCCUCGCUAAGGAUGGCUACGAGGGGUUCGAGUCCAGCGUCAGUAUAGCGCAUCUCGAGAACAGGAUCGCCGGAGCCCUCCAGCUCGGCGCGCAGGAUGAGUUCCGGCUCUAUCUCUUCAUGUACGCCAAGAGAAUCGGAGCUGAAGGGUUAAGAGAAAAGGUAGAGGAGCUUCUCAACUCGCUUCUAGGCGGUGUGCUCCGGGAGAAGGCUCCAAGAGGCGGCGCCAAGGAGGACGGCAAGGGCUGGUUCAGCGCAGAGGGCGAUAUCUGUGGCUGGGACCGAAAAGAGCUCCUCAAGGGGGUCGUCAUGAUUCUUGGCAAAUUCCGAGAGCUACAGAGACUUACGGUGCAGUAUGCCCGCGCCCUAGACAUCACAUUAGAGGAAGAUGAUGAGAUGUCGGUGGAUGGCGAAUCCUAG